AUGCAGCCUGCCGGAAUUCCAACAGAGGAAGAAGAAACGCCUUUUGCCCGGGCUGCUAAAAUAGUAGCUUCAUGUUGUAGGCUUCCAUUAAAGCAGCUCUAAAUGAUUUGUUUUUCGCUAAGAAACGGCCUGACCUCACGCGUGUGAGAUACCUGAAGGACACGGCGGUCUCUGCCUUGUGAAGCCGCAGGAUGAAGGUGAAGAUCCGGCAGUGGAGCGGCGUGGCCUCCUGGCUCUGGGUGGCGAACGACGAUAACUGUGGGAUCUGCAGGAUGGCCUUCAACGGCUGCUGUCCCGACUGUAAAGUUCCUGGGGACGACUGCCCGCUGGUCUGGGGGCAGUGCUCCCACUGUUUUCACAUGCACUGCAUCCUGAAGUGGCUGAACUCGCAGCAGGUCCAGCAGCAGUGCCCCAUGUGCCGACAGGAGUGGAAGUUCAAGGAGUGAACCUGUGGAGACCGCGCUGAUGAAGAGGCUUCCUCACAGAGGCCUCUUCUGACUUCUCACUUUUACAUCAGCUGUAAAUAAAUGUGUUUUUGUACUAAUGCAGAAAACAUGCUCAAUAUAUUCUACUGAUCGAGAUCUGGGAUUAAAUUAAAUGAAAGAUAAAAAGAUG